ACAGACCUGUCAUCAUUAUCGUUUCAAAAGUCAAAUGCGUCAGGAGCACGGAGUCGUCAUGUCAUUGUUUCAAGCGUGUCCUCGCGUCUCGUUAACCCGUCGUUAUAAAUAAAUAAAACGUAUCACCGAUUUAUUUCGAUUAAACGGAGCGUCAGAAUUUAUCUUUCUGCACAUUGGACGUCGCUAUAGCAGCUUUUCUCCCUAAUUCAUUUCUUGCAAAUCAUUUAAAACUCUCACGUACGUGAGUAUUAAUAAUAUACGGUAGGAAUGGCUGAUGUCAGACUCCUUAUUCAAGAAGAAGGUCGUUCAGCUCGCAAUUUGAUAGCAUUCAACGUCCCAGUUGUGUCAAAUAAUACUGAAAAGGUCCUUCGCAAACCACCAAGCAUUCCAAAAAUCUCUCAGCCAACACCGACCAAAAGGUGUUCAAAACCAACAACCAGAGUAAGAUCAGCGUCAACUGGAAGAGAUAAAAAAUCUGAACUUCAGGCCAGAUACUGGGCCUUUCUCUUUGGCAAUCUUCAGCGGGCUGUAGAUGGAAUAUACCAGACAUGUGAAGAGGAUGAGAGCAUAUCCGAGUGCAAGGAGGUGAUACUAGUCCUUGAAAAUUACACCCGUGAUUUUCACAAUCUGAUAGAAUGGUUCAAAGUAAAAUGGGCCUACGAGAGCACUCAGCCUCCACUAAGGCGUGUGCCGCUGGCUUGGGAGGUCAGAAAAACUUCUCCCGGCAGAGCUUGGGGGUCGUCAGGAACACAGAAAUCUAUCAGCCCUGUCCAGAGGUCGAGUCCCACAGGAUCAUCAUGCAAGAGUCCAGUCGACCAAACGAUUAUCGAAGACAAAGUGAUCGUCACUGAUAUACCGGCUAAAGUUGCAGCCAACAAGGAUCAAGAAUCUGGUCUUACCAGGCCUGGAAAAGACUUAAGAAACACUUCUGAAAGUGUUUUAAAAAACGAGGUGAAGUCCUUCAAAGAUAAGCCCAAAAAUCUGAACGAAAAGGUUUUGGAGCCUGUUCAGAACAGGGGGAAAUCGUCUCCUUUGAAAUUAAUUGCCUCUAAAACCCCCUCCAAAAGGACAGAGGUGAGAAGUCAAAAUAAGUCUGGUGCAAUAAGCGAGUCAAAAAUCCAGGCUGAAAUGUCCAACGACUGCAAAAUUGUCCCUAAUACAGAAGGUGGUAAAAAGUCGAAUACCAGUAACCCGAUUGUUGAUAAAUUACCGCUGGAAAGUAACAUCAAAAGUAAAUCUAGCGAAGGUGUGAUAGAAGCAAAUGGUGAAGAUAUUUUAGGGGGCAAAAAUGGUAGGGAUGUGGUUAAGGAAGCUAGAGACGGAGUUUCACUGAAGUCUGAUAACAUUGAUGACAAGGUUGGUGGAAAACACAACGCAAGCAAGGUUGUGCCUAAAUCCACCAAACCAGUCAUGCCGGCUUAUUCUACUGUCUCGAGGAUGAGACCAGCGACUGCUGCCCCAGCCCAAAACUUGACCGAAACUCCCAAAAUAGUGAGAAGCAAAACUUCUGUGUGCAUGAAGAGAGGCUCAAAUGUUUCACGAGCCAGACCUGGAACAUCUGUUAUUGUUAGAAAGAGAUUGCAGCCUACUUCUUCAAGCACUACCGUACAAACACAGGAAUUUUUACGAGGAGAUGAAACAAAGGACCUUGGCGGUUCUGUUGAGGUUUUGACGAAGCAGGGGUCAACAGUAAAGGUGAAAGAUGAGAAGGACGGUUGGCAGACAGUGAGGAGUCGUUACAGACGAGGUAGUACGCACAAUUUGAACAUGUCCACCAGAUUCCACAAGCCGAGUACUGCGAUGUCCCUGCCAGCAUUGUCAAUCGAAAGUUCUCCAUCGGACAAGAGCAAAAAGAGCUGUUUUACUCCGGACUGUGGUCAGAGGGUGAAGAAGAGGUCUAUAAAUGGAAAGACAGGAAAAAACAUAAUAAACGAAGUUGAGAAAAUAACCAAGGGAGACAGUAAGAGGCUGAAGACUAAAUACAGGGGCGAUGAUAGUGAGAAGAAAUCAUCCACCUCCCUGGAUUUUAGCGAAAAUGAAAGCAACUCCACAUUGACGAUAGCAGCUAUUUUUAAGAAUGAAGCUGAACUGCUAGAGAGAAGAAUUCAGCAGUUUGUUGAAGCGCAGGCCGAAAGGGAGCGUGUCAUAUUAGAGGAGGAACAAAAACGAGAAGAAGCCGAUUCUCAAAGGUCUCAGCAGCUCUCUGACGAGGAGGCUUUCCUGCAAAGACAAAUACAGGAACUUGAGUCCACUGAAAUUGACGUCGACACUGAAACGGAUGAAACCGACGGCGAAACUGUCCUGGAAACCGAAGGAGAUGAGCCUCUGGAAACUUUAAAUGAUUCAACGGACGAUAUCAGCCUUGAAGACAGAUAUGAAAACAUGCUUGAGGGCAUGUCUUGGGCUGAAAGAGUCGACACUUUGGCUCAGCUCCAAGCUCUGGUGGCUCGGCAUCCCGGCAGAGCCCUGGAGUUGCACCAGAAGCUGUCUUCACCAUCCCGAAAGCGAUCUUUGCCAGAAACGUUGCGUCGUUAUCAAGCUAAGCAAGCUUGCGCACAGCGAAAACGUCAGAUAUUAUUAAUGGAAAAGUCUCAGCGGCUCAGAGAACUUCUGAACAAAGUUGAGGACGUUAAAAGUGCCAAAAAUCAGUUGAUCGAAGACAAGAGAAUAAGGAUGGAGACCAAGCUGAAAAGAGCUGAGGAAAAUAGGACUCAACAUUUGCUAGAAAUCGUCAGAAAGGCACAUGAUGAAGACUCGAAACUGAAGGAAAUCGCUUUUAUCAACGAACUUGAGGCGCAAAAUAAACGACACGAUUUCAUGGCACUUUGUCAAGAGCAGGAGGAACGACUGCAGGGUAUCCAAGAAGAACGUCAGCGUCGACAAGAAGAGAAAGCGGCAAAAGAAGCGGCUGCGGAAGAACGUAGACGUGCCUUGGAGGUCGAAAGACAGCUGAGGAUUCAAAAGAUGAGACAAGUUCGUCGAGAGCGCGAGGAACGCGUCGGGAAAAUGCAGCUGGAACGAGAAAAGGAACGACAGGAACUGGCCAGAGAAAAGGCAAGAGACCGGGAAGAGAGAUUGUCAGCUCUGCAUGCUGCUCAGUUGGCCAAUCAGGAAGAACUGCAGAAGAAAAUAGCCCACAAGCAACAAGAGUCUGCUAGGAGACAUGGCGAAAAUAUUGAACACAUAAGACAGAGGGCUGUGGAGUCUUCUAUACUGAGAUGCGAGGAGGUUCCGCCAACUUUGAGGUCUUACCCAGCUCCGAAGCAGUGUUGUUUAUGCAUGGCAGCGAUAACCAACGAAGUGCAACUUCUGACUCACCUUAAAAGCAAAGCGCACCUUGAGGCAGUUAGGAAAAUGCAUGAUGGACGAGAACCGCCGAGGGACGAGAUGCAGCGCUUCAAUAUUACCCAGAUACGCGAUGUUCCGACCUCGUCCCAUACCAGUAACAAUGCAAACAACAAUCCCGCGAACGAUACCAAGGCUGCCAAGGAGAAACAAAAAGCCUUGAAGCGUAGGUGCAGGAAAAUGAAGCAGAGAAUGGCUGCGCGAGGUCAAGAAUGGGAAGACGCCCAGACUGCCGAGACUGGAGGACCUCAGACGUCCGUUGAAUCGGCGAACAAGGCCAAAUUUCGAAGGAAUCUCAAGGAGUUGGAUAGACUUUGCAACAAUCACGGAAAAACUGCAUGGCCAAGCGUCGCCGUCGCUGGACUGGAGCGAUGCGUCGGCGAGAUUUCGAGGGCUUUUAAUAAAUACUGCGCUUCGGAUCAGGAUGCUUUUAAUUCUCUGAAUGGAUUCGCUACCUUGACAAACCUGCUCAACCUCGGCCUGAAUGUGCAAAAUACGUCACAUUGCCUUCCCAACAAGAGCAUCGUAUCCGUUUGCAAAGUCUACAAAGCCGCUGUUCACGGACAUUUGGGCAACAUCGAAACCGUCUUACUGGGCAACAAAAUCCUCGUCAUUCUCGACCUUCUUUUACAGUGGCUAGAGGCAGCUACCGGAUGCGAUAAUAAUGCUCACACGCCUAACCACGAAUCGAACAAUAAUUCGACCGGAAGUGGUCAAGUGGCGACAGCGGCGAUGCAGCUUAUCUCGAGCCUCUUUGUCCAGGAGGUGAUUUCCGUCCAAGACAAGCCACUCGUUCAUAGCCGUCUUCAGGAGGUCAUUGGAUAUUUAGUGGCCGGUGGUCUAGUCGAACGAGUGUCACGUCAGAGUCGUUCGUUGAUCGAGACCGACGCCUUCCAGGAUCAGGACUACGAGGCGCCGUUGAUGGUUGCCUCCUUCGAGCUUCUCUCCAGGGUUUGCUAUCACCUGAGUCGUUGUUCGGGUCAGGAGCACAAUGCUCAGGGUGCUGAGGGCGGCGGACCCGGGGAACAAACCUCCGCCCGUAAUCACCUCCUAGGAAGUCUUGCGGCGACUGAAGGGGCGGGAGCAGUAGGAGUUCUGUACGCCGCCCUCGUACUGCCUGGACACAGUCUUCAGAAGAGCUCUUCACCCACCCCAAACCAAACCACACUGUCAACACCAGCGAGGAAUCUUGCACUUCGGGCUCUCACUCUUCUCAGACAUUUUGCUGAGAUGGAUUUAGCCAAGAUGCAGGAAUUCCUCGGCGCCGAAGCAACUAGUCUACAAUUUCGUCUGAUCGCCAGUCAUCUGAUUGGACGAAUGUCUCGGGAGUCACACACUGCUGAGAAACAGGAUGCCGACGGUAGGCUGAUACUGUCCGAGCUUUUCUCCGUCCUUGGAUACUUCACCGUCAACAACCGGGAGAACCAGACUGUACUUCAGUCCGGUGCUGCCGGGUCCAGUGUUCUGCAGCAGCUCUGCUCUCUGCCAUUUCCGUUCUACGGGGAUCCUCGAUUAUCAUCGUUCACGUUACCAACAUUACUGGCAGCUACCCAACGCAAUCCAGAAGCAACGGCCGUUUUGUCAUGCGAGUUGUCCUACCAGCUACUUGAAGAAUACCGCAACUCCGAUGAAGGGAAGCAAAAUCCUCUGGUCCGUUUGUUGAUGCGAAAUGAACACGUCGAAUGAACGAUCCUUAUAUAAGCUGUGAUUGAUAAUUUCGAUUUAUUUUAUUUUAUUUCUUACUUCUCACCAAUUUGUUUCGCUUAAAUUUCGUUUUUGUUUUCCGUCUUUUUCAUUUCCUUCCAACGCUCACGUUUUUGAACCGUUGUAAUUUUCUUUUUCUCGUACCGUUAUUAUUUUUGUUAUUAUUAUUAUUACCGUUGUAUAUUAGUUUUGCAUUCAAACGGAACUGAUAUGUCGUGAUCAUCAACCGCCAACAACUACUAUAUACACUCCUAAAAGUCAUUACAAUUUACACACACCAUUAAUUAUACUUAUCUAUUUAAAUAUACAUAUGUAGUGUUUCUAUAUUAUACGAUAUACGCGUUUGUAUAUACAUGGAGACUUAAUUAAUUUCUUCCGAGAUUACUUCGUUUCGCUUAUUAGAUUUUCGGUUAUAUUAUCGUUUUAUAUUGUUAUAUUAUCGUUUGUUUUAUUUUGUUCCUCCACGUUUACAUGAUUGCAGGCAGAAAAUUUCGUUUACAGCUAUAUUAUUUUUAUUCUUCUCGUUAUCAUUAUUAUAAUCUUUUUUUUUUGUUCUUUCCAAUCUUUCGUUUUCCGUAUGUGCCAGAUCGCUAAAUAUUGUAUUUAUAUACAUUACAGUCUACUCGCAGGGUGGUUGUAGUUACCUUCAAAAUCGUAUCAGAGAAAUUUAAACAUCGCAGGUGAAAUGCGAUUGAAUGUUUAUAAAUUUGACAGACUACUAUGGAUAUAGAUUUUUAUUUCAGAAGUUUCGUUCAUAUCCGGUUUUUGUUUCCAAUUCCCUCAAUUCGUGCAACGAAAUGAAUCUGAUGGCUUGAUAAUUGACAAAUCAAUAAAUUGUAAACUUUGAUAUCUUCAUAGGUUUUUUAAUGAAUAACAAACAACAAUAGUCAGAUAUUAUUUCUCGGAUAUUUAAAAAAAAUAUAUAAACCAAAAAUUCCUUCCCGAACGAAUAAACUCGAAUGCAUCGAAACCUCCUCUACGUUUUAUAUUUAUAUAUAUAUAUAUAUAAAUAUAUACAAAGUAAAAUUUGUAUUUAAACAAUAAAUAAAGACUAACGUGGCGGAUAAAAAAUUUGGUACAUUCCGUCGCGUCUAAUCCCAAAUACGCGUAAUUCUUUCUGAGUUUUCGUUCUCGUUCUACAACCGCUCUGAAGUAACAGUAAUAAUAAUAACCAACACACGUUAUAUACACACGUGCGAAGAUAGACUGUAGUCAUAGUUAAUACAUAAGUAAAGCUGUGUCUUUUGAGCAGGCCUUUUGAUGUUUUUUUAUCUAUACAUAUACACCUUAUACUUAAGGAGAUAGGAAAUUAAGAUGAAAGUUCGCGGACGCGGAAGUGAAGUGAUCGGUCCACGUGGUUAACAAAACCGAAAGAAAUUUAACAACUAGAAGAGAAUACGGUAAAUGAACGUGGGUAGGUGGA